AUGACCGACACAGACUCCACUCCGGAAGAGAAGUCAAAGAAACCAACAACGCAUGAUGAGAAGAAUGCUGCUGACUUAGAAAAAAUGACAGACGUCUUCGAAGAGACCGAAGUUUCAGCUGGGAUGACUGACGCAUUGAAAAAAGUUACUGGUGGGGAAAAACAGUCUUCUGUACCCACGGAACGCGCUCCUAGGAUUAAAAUUAAAGCAGAAGAUGUUGACAUAAUCGUCCAGGAGUUUGAGAUUAGUCGUGCUGCUGCAGAGAAGAAGCUAAAGGAAUUUCAUAGUGAUCUUCGCCAAGCUCUUUCUGCCCUCUGCAAGUGA